AUGCCCUUAGACGUUCUGGGCCGCACGCGCGCUACACUGACGGAGCCAGCGAGAAUUCCUAGUAAGCGCAAGUCAUCAGCUUGCGUUGAUUACGUCCCUGCCCUUUGUACACACCGCCCGUCGCUACUACCGAUUGAAUGGCUUAAAACUGGUCAAACUUGGUCAUUUAGAGGAAGUAAAAGUCGUAACAAGGUUUCCGUAGGUGAACCUGCGGAAGGAUCAUUAAAAAAAAAUAUAAUACACUCUUUCUAG